UGUCAAAAAUCAGAAAUAUUUUUUGAUGGUCAAGCUUUCUCGAGAAUUUUACGUGUUCGUAGUUUAUCGUAAAAGCUAAACUGAAAACGAGUUUAUAUGCGAUAAAACGAGUGAAACGGCAAUUCUUUUUUCUGCUGAUAUCAGUAAACCUCAAUUAAUUCGCAAAAUGUUUUGAUAUUAAACAGCUUUUGCGAGACAAAGAAGCUUCCCUAAAUCAAUACUGCUGCGUACUUGGAACAGGAAUAGCCAAGGUUCCAUUGUCGGUGGCGAAGCUCCCCUGUCGGAAUAAUACAUUUACUUUGUAACUAUUCAAAGUUGAAUAUAAGAUGUCUAAAACAGUGAAACGGCCAACAGCAGGAAUUCGUCCUAGUUGUUAUAUUCCUGCACGUUUAGAAGAGCGCCGCACAAGAGCACGGAUCUUGCGACAGGAACGUCGACGAAAACCAGAUAAACCAGACGAUUUUGUAACGUAUGAAGAUAGUGAUAGCGAGGAGGAAACUCCAGCCCAACAGCACCAGGUUCUUAGUACAUCCUUUAAUUUCGUGGAUUAUGUACGGAGCCGGGAAUCGGAUUUAAGAGAAGAACGCAGUGUCGAUCCAGCGUAUGCCAGUAGGCAUAUUUUGACACAUGAUAUGUUCAAAGAAACACCGAUCUCGCUAGGAAAUAUAAAUAAGGUAUUUUGUUCACAAUGGCUCAGUAAUCGACAGGUAGUAUUCGGUACCAAAUGCAAUAAGCUGAUGGUGUAUGAUGUGAACACCCGUAAGGUGGAUGCGAUUCCUACGUUGCCAAAUAAUCGUGGGGCAAGUCCGGAUACACAAUGUGGCAUUCACGCGUGUCAGAUAAACCCAAGCCACAGCCUAUUAGCCACAGGUGCUCGACAUUCGGCAGAUAUUGCAAUCUAUCGACUUCCAACACUUGACCCGCUAUGUAUUGGUGAAAACGGCCACCGUGACUGGGUGUUUGAUAUGUGUUGGCUAGAUGACCAAUUUUUAGUGUCGUGCUCAAGAGACACCAAGGUUGCGCUAUGGCGGAUUAAUGAAGAGACGAUGGAAUUUCCAACAGCGAGUAAAGAAGGUGAAGAGCAAGAAGCAGUUCCCACUUACGCGCAUGUUAGUCCUGUAUCAGUAAAAGAGUGCCGAGGAGCACAAAAAAUCAGGGCACUCUGUUUCAAUAAAGAAUACCGGGAGAUAGCAUUGCUAUCGCUUAACGGAUACAUGCAUCUGUUCAACGCAGAAACAUUUGCGCAAAAAUUAUCCAGAAAGCUACCCAAUUGUCAGGAAAAUGUUUGUAUUGCCUGUCAAACAAAUGGCUUGUAUGCUGUAGGGUGUCGUUCGUACACUUUGCUUCUAGAUCCCAGAACAUUACAGGCGGUGAAAAAAGUCGCUUCGCGUUACAGUGGCUGCGGCAUACGAUCAGCCAGUUUUCAGGGCAACAUUCUGACCAUCGGAACAGGACUCGGAAUGCUGAUGUUCUACGACAUUCGCGCAGGCAAAUAUCUCGAAUCACAAACAAGUGCAUCUCGGACUGUUGUGUUAAAAGCCAGUCGAGGUUAUGUAGCGCAAUUUCCCGAGGAAGAAAUGGAUAACUUCCAGCAAAUUAAAUACGUUCCGGCUAUCUAUACACAUUGCUAUGAUAGCAGCGGCAUCAGACUGUUCACGGCGGGAGGACCCCUGCCGGCCACACUCAUAGGUAACUAUGCGGGAAUUUGGCAAUAGAUAAUACAACUGUCAACCCAGUUGGACUAGUAGGAGAACUUAGUAGACAAUGGAGUACACAUAAUUUAUUUUGCAGUAAUCUUGCGUCAACGAUUAGAUCAGUUUAAUAAUCACAAAAAAAACACGUUUUGCGUCGACAUGAGUAGUGUGUGAUUAAUUUGAAUGUGCGGGUAAUAACUAGUAUUCUGUUAUAGAUUCGUUUGUCUUCAAUUAUGAACGAUUUCAGCAGACAUUGUAUGUCAGCUCGAAUCAUGUUCAAUGGAUAAAUGUAGCUACGAUGAUCAUAGCUACGUGCUAUGGCUUUUUUUUAUCUUAAUUUCAAUUGAUGCUUUUAGUAUGAUUGAAAGAGAAAAUUAAAUAAAUUUUCUUUUUUCUCAAAAUGUAA